GGAGAUAGUGUUUCUGAACUCAGGGAAUGGAGACCAGUCAUCUACAGAAAGUGCACAGACACUCUCUGGUUGCUCCUCUUCUUUCUUUUCUGGGCUGGUUUGAUGUUUAUAACUGGCUAUGCUGUGAUGGCUGGUGCCGCAGAAAGGCUUGUGCUUGGAUAUGACAGCUUCGGGAACAUAUGUGGUAGGAAGAACACUCCUGUAAAAGGGGCACCCCUUUCUGGACAGGACAUGACUAAUAAAAAGUAUGUGUUCUUUCUGAAUUCAUGCAGCCUGGAAAUGCAAAGCCUCAAAAUCAGUUCACUUUCCUUGUGCGUGUCUAGUUGUCCACAAGAGCAACUCAACUCUUUGGAAGACCUCCAGAGUUUUGCAAGGAAUAAUGGUUCUUGUCUUUGCAUUUACAACCUGAACAUUUCCAGUUACACGCUAAAUCCAAAGGCAGCUGAGCUGUGUCCCACGCUGCCAGUUCCACCAAGUAAAUCUUUUCCAUUAUUUAAUCGAUGUGUUCCACAAAAUCCUGAAUGCUAUUCCAAAUAUGCAUCUGUCUUAAUAAGUAUGGUUAAUGAAAUGGAUGUUUUUCACCGAAUUCUGAGUGCAAUAUUGGCAGGAAGAGAUGCUGUGAUAGGACUGAGUGUCCUUGCACUAGCCUUCUCUUUUAUACUGGUUUUAGCCUUCAGAUUCAUUCGGACACUUCUGGUCCAUACUUUGAUUGCACUGGUUGUAUUUGGGUUGUUAUUUGUCUCAGGUGUUCUCUGGUGGCUCUAUUAUGACUACAGGAACGAUCCCAGCACUGAAUUGGAAACAGAAAAGGAAAAUGUAAAGUUUCUACUUGGAUAUGCUAUCUUCUCAACAAUAGUUACCGUUGUUCUCCUUUCCCUUAUACUUGUACUAAGAAAGAGGCUUCAGUUCACUGUACAGCUCUUUCGAAUUGUUGGUAAAAUCAUUGGCAGAAUUCCUUUGCUCCUCUUCCAACCGCUCUGGACCUUUCUGAUUCUCAUUGUGUUCUGGGUAUUUUGGGUUGCUGUACUGCUUAGCUUAGGAACUGCAGGUACUGCACAGACUACUUCAGGAGGACAAGUAGAAUACAGAGCUCUGUCUGGAAUUUGCUACAUGGCAUGGUAUCAUUUUGUUGGCCUUAUCUGGACUAGUGAAUUCAUUCUUGCCUGUCAGGAAAUGACAAUUGCUGGGGCAGUGGUUACCUGUUACUUCAACAGAAAUAAAAAUAGCCCACCACCUCACCCAGUCCUGUCUUCCAUAUCAGUUCUUUUUUGCUAUCAUCUAGGAACUGCUGUAAAAGGCGCAUUUCUAGUCACAAUACUGAGAAUACCAAGGAUUGUUCUUUUGUACCUUUAUAAUAUCCUAAACCAAAAGGAGAGUGCAUGUGCAAAGUGCCUGUUCAAGUGCUGUUUCUGCUGGUGUUGGUGCCAGGAAAAUUGCUUGAGAUACUUUAACCAGCAUGCAUACACAACUACAGCUGUAAAUGGGACAAAUUUUUGUACGUCAGCAAAGGAUGCUGUCUUUAUUUUGGCAAAGAAUUCUGCUAAACUUGCAUCCAUUAGCUGUUUUGGAGAUUUUAUCCUAUUUCUAGGAAAGGUGUUUGUUGUAUGUUUUACUGUUUUUGGAGGAUUGAUGGCAUUUAACUACCAUCGGGAGUUGCAAGCUUGGGUAGUUCCUCUGUUGCUGGUUGGAUUUUUUGCCUAUGUGAUGUCCCACAGCUUUCUGUCUGUGUUUGAAGUGACAGCGGAUGCCGUGUUCCUUUGCUUUGCUAUUGAUAUGGAGACAAAUGAUGGAUCUGCAGAGAAGCCAUACUUCGUGGAUCAGGAACUGCUGACAUUGGUGAGUCAGAGUAACAAGUUAACAGAAGGGCAAAAAUACAGAAGUGUGAGACCUUUCCAGGACAAUGAAGAUGGGACAGAGCUCCAACCUAUGUAUGAGCCACUUCAAGAAGUUGAGGAAUAUGGGAUAAAUGAUGAAAAGGGGCAAGAAACAGAUUAA